GUCUGGAGUAACUUCCAGCAGUGCUUCGCGCCCCAGUACCGCCGGGUGACGCUGAUGAUGAUGGCCGUCUGGUUCACCAUGUCCUUCAGUUACUACGGGCUGACGGUUUGGUUCCCGGACAUGAUCAAGCACCUGCAGAACAUCGAGUACUCGUCACGCACCAAGCUCUUCACCCACGAGAAGGUCCGACACUUCACCUUCAACUUCACCCUGGAGAACCAGAUCCACCGGGGCGGCGAGUACUUCAACGACAAGUUCAUCGGCCUGAAGAUGAAGUCGGUGACGUUUGAGGACUCGCUCUUUGAGGAGUGUUACUUUGAGGACAUCACCUCCAGCAACACCUUCUUCAAGAACUGCACCUUCAUCUCCACCGUCUUCUACAACACAGAUCUCUUUGAGUACAAGUUCAUCAACAGCCGGGUGGUGAACAGCACCUUCCUGCACAACAAGGAGGGCUGUCAGCUGGACUUCAGUGAUGACAACAACGCCUACAUGAUCUACUUCGUCAGCUUCUUGGGCACCUUGGCUGUCCUCCCCGGGAACAUCGUCUCAGCCCUCCUCAUGGACAAGAUCGGCCGCCUUCGCAUGCUGGCCGGCUCCAGCGUCAUGUCCUGUGUCAGCUGCUUCUUCCUCUCCUUUGGGAACAGCGAGUCGGCCAUGAUCGCGCUGCUCUGCCUCUUCGGCGGCGUCAGCAUCGCCUCCUGGAACGCCCUGGACGUCCUCACCGUCGAGCUCUACCCCUCCGACAAGAGGUGA